GUCAAAGAGCUGAGAAAGUGUGGUUGUCGUGUUUACGGACUGAUUUCGUUCGUUCUUUCGCCGGGAGAUUUCAUUACAUUACACAGUUUUUCAAGCACUUUUCCACAACAGAACGCAAUGGCUGACCCCGAAGCAGUGAACGGUGUAGAAGAUGCGACCGACAAAAAACAAAAGAAAUCCUCCAAACACGACGGUGGUGCGGCAGAUUUGGAACGAGUGACGGAUUACGCCGAGGAAAAGGAGAUCACAUCGCACAAUUUGUGUUCCAACGCUGCAAAUUUGUUUGAAGAUAAACGUAACAAGGAAAAUGAAGAAAAGCUUGCCAUGGAACGGGAACUACAGAAAGUUCACGUCAAAAAGGAGGACAUAGAACUAAUAAUCCGUGAAAUGGAGAUUACCCGAAGCAAAGCGGAGCAAACUCUGCGUGUCCAUCGGGGCGAUGUCGUAGCUGCUUUGGAAGCCCUUACAAACUAGAAAACUGCCAACAAUCAGUGUUCCUUUGGUGUGAAUCGAUGAAAACGGUAAUAAAAGGACCACGGAGUAUCUUGAAUCCUCGAUGGAAGUAAUUCCUUUUAUAAAAUCAAAAGUAACUAGCAUCAUAAUACUUUACAACGUUUCUGUAAAAAAGCCCCAACGGAGUUAGUAAAUCGGCUCGGUUAGGGGUAUUUCUUACAUGUAGACCGUCUUAUCAUUGCUACUGACUAGGGGAAU